AUGCAUUUCAAAACUUUCGCUCUCGCAGCCCUCACGGCUACGACCGCCGUUGCCAGCCAAGUCGGCAAUGCCAUCGUCGAGAACCAUUGCCCAUUCACCGUCUAUCUCUGGUCCGUCGGCGGCUCCACCGGACCAAAGCAGGUGCUCAAGUCUGGCGGUGUUUACACUGAAAGAUUCCACCGUGACCCCAAGAGCGGUGGUAUCGCUAUCAAGAUCACCAAGGUCGACGAUGGAAUCUUCAACGGCUCGCCGCAGACCAACUUUGCCUACACCCUGACCGACACGAGAGUCUUCUACGAUCUGUCUGACGUCUACGGCAAUCCGUUCAGCGGCCACAAGCUCGUUGUUGACCCGUCUGACCCCAACUGUCAAGAGAUUGUCUGGCCAAGUGGUAUCACUCCGGCCGGGACCCUGACCAGGGAUUGCCAGAAUAAGUCUGAUGUGAAGCUUACGCUUUGCGCCUAA